AUGGUCAGUGUGACGAACGUACUCAUCGCCACCAUUGGGUUGGCUGCCGCUCAGGGGCACAGCCAGGCCCUGAUGUCGUCCGAGGUUCACCGUUCCGGUGACUACUCUUGCGUUCACCCGCCGUACAAGGUGCACCUCGUGAGCAGGUCACCCCUGGUGAUGUACUUGGAAGGCUUCCUCACCGCAGAGGAGCGCGGCCACUUGCAAGAGCUGGCUAACGGGCAAUUCCAACAGUCCGCCGUCGCCGGAGCGGCCGGCGCGGCGGCCGUCCACUCGGUCCGUACCUCGCAGUCCACCACGGUGCCGCGGGAUGCCCUUGUUCGCUGCAUCGAGGACCGUGCUAUCGCACUCCAGGGCUUCAACAUGCCGGCCUCGCACCUCGAGCCCAUCCAGCUCGUCCGAUAUGGGCCCGCGCAGCACUACCACUACCACACCGAUUGGUUCACCGACGCGGCGGCCCACGCGACGGCCGCGCAAGGCGGCAAUCGCGCAAGUUCCAUCUUCGCCUACGUACGCGCCGCCGCCGCCGCCGCCGCCGCCAGCGAUACCAGCAAGGCCAACGCCAGCAGCCUCACAGGUGGCGGCACCAACUUCCCGCUUCUGGAUGUGCCGCUGCGCGAUGAGCGCUGGUGCCGCUUCGUUGACUGCGAUGACGAGUACGAGCACGGCGUGACGUUUCGGCCCGUCGAGGGCAACGCCAUCUACUGGGAAAACCUGCUGCCGCUGGAGGGACGCCGCACGCGCGGAGACCAGAGGACGUUGCACGCGGGACUGCCGGUUGUAAGUGGCGAGAAGAUUGGCAUGAAUAUCUGGACGCGAGAGGCGCCACUGCCACCGAGCGUCAGAGGCGAGUAG